CACCGCACGAUCGUCCCCCCCGCGCGCGCGUCAUGAGCGCGCCGCCGUCCUACGGCGGCGCGUCCACGCUGUGGGCGCCGUUCGACGCCGCCGCGCGCGCGGGCCGACCCCUCGGCGCGAGCGGCGUGGUCAUCUUGUGCCUCGUCGGCGCGGUCCUCCUGGCGCACGCGCAGUUCAAGCCGCUGUGGGCGGCUCGCGGGGGGAUGAGCCUCGCGAUGAUGGGAAAGGCGCCGUCGGACACGUCCGCGGUGACGACGUAUAACCUCCCGAGCACGAUCACGGAGCUGCUCGACGCGGAGGAGUACCUGUUGGCCGGCGUCGUGUUCGCGCUAUCCGGUCUGUGGCCGCACCUGAAGCUCCUCCUCACGCUGUACGUGUGGGUCUCCCCGACGGAGGAGCGGUUCCGAAACUCAGUGCUGCACUUCUCCAGCCUGUGGUCGAUUUGGAGCUUCAUCGACGUCGCGAUGGUGAUCAUGAUCUCGCUCGCGUUCAACGCCGCGAUCAACGUCAGCGUCGCGAACGUCGUGGACGCGUCCUUCGCCGUGCGCGUGUGGCCGUGCUGGGGCGCGUACGAGUUUUGCUUCGCCGUGAUCGUCACCUCGUUCGUCGGGCACUUCGCGCAUGACGAGUGCGCCAAGCUGACCAAGGCGCGAAACCCGGAGCCCGGCGCGAGAGAGUGCGAGCACCGACAGACGCGAUGGUCCGCGCAGAACGCGCACGGCGCCGGGACGAAGACGCUCGUGAUCGCGCUCCUCGCGGCGACGACGAUGUCCACGUGCGUCGGCUGCGUCGCGCCGUUUUACGCCGCGUCCUAUCGAGUCCCGGUGUUCGGAGAAGGCGGCGCGGGGGAGAAGGACGUCGUCGCCGGGUGGAGAGUGCUCGUGAAGGACGCGCUGCGGAAGUCGAGCGGCGGCGGCGGCGGCGCGGAGAGUGGCGCGGCGAACGCGUUGGCGGUCGAGGUGGAUCCCAGGGCGGGGUUGGUCGCGGCCGCCGCCGCGGACGACGGGCCCGGGCCGGGGGAUGGGGACGCGGCGAAGAACGCGAACGCGACGGAGGACGCGCCGCCGCCGAGCCCGGAGAAGCCGAGCGCGGCGGCUACAGCGGCGGCGACGGACGCGAACGCGACGGAGGCGACGAACGCGACGAACGCGAACGCGACGGAGGCGACGAACGCGACGGACGUGAACGACCCGUCGAACUGGGCCGCCGCGGCGAAGGCCCGCGCGGCGGCUAAAGCGGCGGCGGCGGCGAAAGUCGAGGCGGCGGCUAAAGCGUUGGCGGACGCGAACGCGGCGGCGAACGCGUUGGCGGACGCGAACGCGACGGACGCGCCGCCGGCGAGCCCCGCCGCGAAUGACACCGCGGCGGCGGCGCCGGGCGCGGCGCCGGCGAACGAGACGGCCGCUCCCACGGCUGAGGCGUCGGCGUCGGCGUCGGCGUCGGCGGCGCCGAAGGAAGACGCGAAAGACGACGGCGAGAACACGGAGAAGAAGGAAGACGACGACGGCGGCAAAGAAGAAGGAGGAGAUCCAGCCUCUGCGCCGGCGGACGCGAACGCGGCCGAGGACGUGAACGACCCCGCAAACUGGGCCGCCGCCGCCGCGGAGAACGAGGCGGCGAAAGCGAAGGAGGCGGCGGCGCACGCGGACGACUCCGCCGCCGAUUACGCCGCCUCCAUGAUCAUGGAGCGCCGCCGCCGUCGCCGCCGCCGACGGAGCUUGCUCGUCGCGGACGAGCCCGGGGACGCCCCCGCGGAGGAAGUCGACGUCGGCGCGGACGCGUCCAAGGAAGAGAAGAAGAAGAAGAAGAAGAAGGACGACCACGACUUCUUCGGCGGCUUGGUCAAAGGCAUCGUCUCGAGCGUCGACCCCGCCGCGGCGGUCGCCGGCCCGGGCGGCCCUUCCGACGGCGUCAUCGACGCCGUCCUCCACGCGAUGCAAGCGUCGAACACGCUCCCGCCCGCGCCCACGAUCAAAUCCAAGUCGUGGUCGCUGCUGGACGUCGUCUCCGAGACCGCGGCGCUGACGCCGCCCGUCGGCGUCGAGAACGAGGACGGCGGGUUCGACUGGCGCGGGCAAGCGUUUCUCGCGGUGGCGUUUACGUUUUUCGUGCUCCUCGCGCCGCUCUACCGCGCGUACGGACACUGGCACGCGUACACGAACGAGUGGUACGGCGUGGCGGAGCACGACGAGUACGUCUCGUGGAUGUCCACGGUUGGGAGGUUCAACGCCGUCGGCGUCGCGCUCGUCGCCGUGGAGAUUCUCGCCGCGCGGAUGGUGGCCUUUUCCACCGCCUUCGCCAAGAAAAACGGCGGCUGCGUCGCGGACGAGUGCUUUCAGGUGGACCUCGGCGCGAGCUCCGGGGCGAUGGCGGCGUUGAUCGGCGUCGUGUUGGCGUCCGCGCUCGCGGUGUACAUGGACCGGCUGCUCACCGCGGCGAGGAAGAACGUCCUGCGGGACACCACGGGGAGCGUGCGCGAGGACUACGGAAGGCGCUCGGAGGGGCAGUACGGAAGCUUGAUUCUGUGACGUCUACGGCACCUUUUUGUAGGGCUACAGUACAGUAUUAUAUAAGAUAGCCCUAUUCAUUC